AUGCGGUUCCAUACAACGAUUUCCAGGUUGCCAAUAAUCGCUGCGAGAUGUAGCGAGGUAUUGCUCUUGUCGUCGAAGUUUGGGUUCUCCAGGAACCUGGGGUUAUUCUUUAUGAUACGCUUCACCAGCAAGACAUCGUUCCACAGGAUAGCGCUCCGCAAGCGGACAUGCACUGCGUACAUCAUCUCCUGGGACACCGGCAAGUUGCUACGGUCAAAGUUGCAGGUCUUCCAUGUUCUCUUCGGGAGUUUCAAGAAGUUGAACGUCUAUGGGAAGGUUGGUCAGGGGCCAUGGAACGGGGUUCAGAUGGCUGCCGAGAAGCUAACCCGUGGUAGAAAAGGAAACCAAAAUGUCGUCCAGGAGUCGAGGGUUACACUUGAGCACGGCUUUCAAAAAGUGGAACGUGGUGAUAAAUCUUAG